UGAUGAAUAAAAAUAAAAAUGAAAUUGUGUGAGACAAUUUUUUCUAAAUUGUCAUCGCUCUCGCUCUCUGCAUAAUAUGAUGAAUAAAAAUAAAAAUGCAAAACCAAAGUACAUAUUCGGACUUCGGAGUACAUCACUCGCACAAAAUCAAGAAAUUGUCAUCGCUCUCGCUCUCUGCAUUUUGGAUCUGGAAGGAAGGUCGUUCCUAUCUCACGCUCGUCUCCAUCUCUCUUCCGCCAUGGGAACACCUCGUGGAUCUACGCUUCCGCUUCAGUCAUUGAUAUCAAUUGCCCUCUUUCUCACCUUUCAGAAUGCCGGAUCGUUCUACCUCCCGGGCGUCGCCCCCAUUCUGAAGAACGUGACUUACAAGGCAGACCCAUUGUAUGUGAAAGUAAAUAAACUGACGUCUACAAAGACUCAACUUCCUUACUCAUACUAUUCUGUGCCCUUCUGCCGUCCAGAAAAAAUUAUUGAUAGCAGAGAAAAUCUAGGGGAAGUACUUCGUGGGGACCGAAUCGAGAAUUCUCCUUUUGUAUUUAAAAUGAGGCAACCUGAGAUGUGUCAUGUUCUGUGCCGGGUAGUUCUUGAUGAAAAAACUGCAAAGGCAUUCAAAGAUAAGAUUGAAGAUGAGUAUCGUGUGAAUAUGAUCUUGGAUAAUCUUCCAUUGGUUGUUCCGGUUCGAAGGCUAGACCCUGAAGGUCCUCCUGCUUACCAGCAAGGAUAUUAUGUUGGCGUGAAAGGACAAUAUACUGGAAGCAAGGAUGAAAAAUUCUUUAUCCACAACCACUUGAGUUUUACAGUCAAGUAUCAUAAAGAUUUGCAGUUUGACUCAGCCAGGAUUGUUGGAUUUGAGGUCAUGCCAUACAGUGUCAAGCAUGAAUAUGAAGGAGAAUGGACUGAGAAUACUCGUUUGACGACGUGUGAUCCACAUGCAAAGCGGACAGUGACUAAUUCGAAUUCUCCUCAAGAGGUGGAGAACAAAAAAGAAAUCAUAUUCACCUAUGAUGUUGAGUUCCAGGAAAGUGAAGUGAAGUGGGCAUCAAGAUGGGAUGCCUAUCUCCUGAUGGCAGAUGACCAAAUCCACUGGUUCUCGGUUGUAAAUUCUUUGAUGAUUGUUCUCUUCCUCUCGGGUAUGGUGGCCAUGAUUAUGCUGCGGACUUUGUAUCGUGACAUUUCCAGGUAUAAUGAACUUGAGACGCAGGAGGAAGCUCAAGAAGAAACCGGAUGGAAGCUAGUGCAUGCCGAUGUUUUCAGGCCCCCAAGUAACUCAAAUUUGCUUUGCAUCUAUGUGGGGACUGGGGUGCAGUUCUUUGGUGUGCUGCUUGUGACAAUGAUAUUUGCUGUCCUUGGGUUCCUCUCUCCUUCAAACCGUGGUGGUUUAAUGACCGCCAUGCUCUUACUUUGGGUUUUCAUGGGAUUAUUUGCUGGUUAUGCCUCCACCCGUCUUUACAAGAUGUUUAAGGGUACUGAGUGGAAAGCAAUUGCUCUGAGGACUGCCCUCCUUUUUCCCGCCACCGUAUUUGCCAUCUUUUUUGUUUUAAAUGCACUCAUCUGGGGUGAGAAGUCAUCGGGGGCAGUUCCAUUUGGGACCAUGUUUGCUCUAGUCGCCUUAUGGUUUGGAAUCUCGGUUCCCCUGGUAUUUGUGGGCAGUUAUGUUGGUUUCAAGAAACCAAUGAUUGAGGAUCCCGUGAAGACUAACAAAAUACCAAGACAAAUCCCUGAGCAGGCAUGGUACAUGAACCCGAUUUUCUCGGUUCUGAUUGGGGGAAUACUUCCAUUCGGAGCCGUUUUCAUUGAGCUCUUCUUCAUCCUCACCUCAAUUUGGUUGAACCAGUUCUACUACCUCUUUGGCUUCCUCUUCAUCGUCUUCAUGAUUCUGAUUGUCACCUGCGCAGAGAUAACAAUUGUGCUCUGCUAUUUCCAGCUAUGCAGCGAAGACUAUCUAUGGUGGUGGCGAUCUUACCUCACAUCAGGUUCAUCAGCUCUAUACCUCUUCCUGUAUGCUACUUUCUAUUUCUUCACUAAGCUGGAAAUCACGAAGCCCGUUUCUGGAAUACUGUACUUUGGCUACAUGCUGAUUGCCUCCUACGCAUUUUUCGUCCUCACCGGCACAAUCGGCUUCUAUGCAUGCUUCUGGUUCACAAGGCUCAUUUAUUCAUCCGUCAAGAUUGACUAAUCAGCUGCCGUUGUGGUGUAAGCCUUUUAGAUAUUUUCUUUUUGCAGUUGCAGUGCCUUAAAUUGUUUCAUUUUUGUAGCUCUACCCAGAAAUAGUUCACUGAUAAAAGAACUUCAAAAAUGUUUCCUUAUAAAAUCCAUGUAAGUCUAUAUAUAUAUUGUAAUACAUGUGGUUUGAACCCGUUCAAUUAGAGGCUAUAUAUUUUUUGAACGAAGCGACAUAAUAUAGAUCAGAUGGAAGG